GAAUAAAUAACUGGUCAUUCCCAUUUAACGACUUGAGAUUUUGCGCAAUUUUUCCUAAAAUGAGAGAUAAAACUGCAUAAGGGUCAAGACAUGUCCAGCCAAACAAACAAAGGAAUUCCAUUUUCACAUGGGCCCGAUGGCAUAGGGUAUAAACUACUUGAGCUUCCUCCAGAGCUUGUCACGCUUUUGGAGGGCGAUAAUCCACCGUCUCUGAAACUAAAGUCUUCGCCAGCCGCUGCCCUACUUGAAGCAGGCGGCAAAACCUACUCGCUUAGACAAAAGAACACGUCCAACGCUCUCAUCAUUCUCCGGCCCGUGGAUGAGAUUGCUCAAAACUCCAAUGCGACCUCAGGUAUAUUUACGGAAACGGGUGUGCGUGCGAUAGCUAGCGUGCACGAAACUGUUGAACUUCUGCCGGAAAAUGGACCAGUUCCUGCGGCAGCCAAGCCCAAAGGUAAAUGGCAUGAAAGAUUUGGCCGGACUAGGUAGUUUCUGCUUACCAUGGGCGCAUGAUUUCAAGGCGUAUAAGGUUGUGUCGAUACUGCACGCAGCAGUCGAGAAGGACCAAGCACAAAAGUUUACCAUUUCGUAAUUGCAUUGGGCUUUUUGUUACAAAC